GAAUGCCAACAGAUUCAUUCCAGUGGAACACUGCAUCUAUAUUUCAACUCUGUCAUGUGACCUGUCAUGGACUUUUACGACUUUUAGAGAUCUUUACUGGGUACGAGUUAGAAGUGCUACUCGCACAGGUCAAUCCAACUGGGCGGAAUCGAAUGAACUUUAUCCAUUGCGUGACUCCAUCUUGGGUCCCCCGAUUAUCAAUGUGACGAGCAAUAAUCAGGUCAUUGAAGUUACUCUUGAUAUGCCUCUGACUCCACAAAAGGAAAAUAAUAAGCUAAAAACUGUGAAGGAUAUUGAUCGCUCUCUAAAAUAUGUUGUUAUCUUACUCAACAAAGAUGGCUCAGAAUAUGCGACUGAGACAGUAUGGCCUGAUGAUUCAGGGAAAGGAUACUAUCAGUUUAAAAAUCUAAAACCCAAGUUCACUUACUGUGUUGUAACAAGGUUUGAUUCAGUAUCAAAUCACAACACUAAGGAUUCAAGAAAAAUCUGCACAACCACCUCAUCUCAAAAUACAAAUAUAAUGUGGAUUGCGCCUUUGGUAGCAGCACUACUUUUCAUUGCAGGUGCAGUUAUCAUCGCUUUUGUGAUUUGGCUGCUGAAAGAAUUUGCCUGCCUAUGUUUGACUAAGUCACAACUUCCUAAAUCUUUGGUCAUUAUUUCUGAGGAGUUGCAUAUGAAUCUGCAAUGCAAGGAGUCAAAUGAGAAUCCAGAGGGUGAUCGCAUCUCAUUUCUUAUAAACGAUGAUAGUUCAAAUAAUUGUCAGUUGGAAUUUCAGAGCACAGAUCCUGCCUACGAAUUACAGCUCACCUCAGAUAACUGUUUAACUGAUAUGGACGAAAAUGUUCCUUACCAAAGUAACGGUUUGAGUGGUGGAAGUUGCAAGCAUAACAGCCUUCUGAGUGAGCCAGAAGUCUGCAUGUAUAGGACUACGGGCAACCUUCCUUCCUACAUACCAUCAUCCUUUGAAGAUAAGGACAGUGCAAACCCUACACAGCAAAAUAACCCUGGAAUUCCAGUGCCUGAUAAUUUACAGUCCUGGUCAAGUUUAAGAGAUGUCAAAGAAGCCAGAAGCAGCAACGUUGCUGAAAAUGUCUCAAUAGAAGAGACUUUGCAAUGCAACUUCAAUUUAUUCCAGGAAAUUCAAGUAAAGCCUGUGAGCAUAGAGUUUUGGAAUUCUGCUGAUGUUCCUCUGAGUACAGUUAAACUUUGUUUUAAUAAUGACUCUGAUAAAGACAAUUCUGCUGUGGAUGCUUAUGGGGAUGGAAUUUCCAACUUCUUAAAAACAGAAGACUUUUGUUCCCAAUUUACUUGUGACUUGAUAACAGCUGAUGAUCAGUCUCUAAAUGGCAAUCCAGACUAUCAAGAACAAUUCAUAAAACUACCUCAAUUUAUAACUGACUGUGAAUUUCAGGGCUUGACUAAAAAGCGAACCUUUCAUACCUCACAGACUGACAACAUGCAACUGUCUGGAUAUGAGCCGCAUUGAAAAUUGAUUGGAUGUGUACCAAUGAACUUAUGUUUGGGCUUACCUUGAAACCAGAAUAUCUGUUUUAUUUAGAAUGUCCUGACUAUGGAAAUUGGAAGAAACCUGCAAUUUUUUUUCUAGUUUCUAGUUAAAAGCAUUUCUGUUUUGUAAGCGAUAGCUUGAUAUGUUAGACAUUAUUAAGAAUAUCAAUAUCUAUGUUGUUUUUCACCAUCAUUGGUGCCAGAAUUUGCAACAUGGCAGCUUGUUUAUUUUCAAACAAAUCCUCAUCACCUUUAUCCCUUCCCUUUCUUUUCUCAAUGCGUUGAUGCUGUGCAGAAUUCAAGCGCCUAGGCAAUGAAGUGACUUUGAUUCAUAGCAGAAGGUGUCAGUAUUGAGGAAUGGGUUUUGCAACAAAAGCCAGCAUUGAAGAAAGUAACCUGUAGGAAUUUGUAAAGCUAUGACUAUCUGUUGUGGAGAGAGAGAGUGAGGAAAUUGGUGAGGGAUGGAGAUGGGACGGCCAGGGGUAGGAGAAGAGAAAGGUUUGGACCAGUUGGAAAAUAUACAGUGGCAAGCCAUGAAGAUGCAGGAGAAUUGGAAGAGGACUGGGUGACUGAAGAGAAGGAAUGAAGAAGGGUGAUUAAUCAUUGCCAUAGUGACCCCAAAUACAAUGGGAAAAACCAAAAGAAAAAAUUGGUAUGACUUCCAGGUCUGACUAUAUCAAAGUUCCACAUCUGCACACAUCUAUUAGUGGGAGGUCAGUAGAUAACCAUCAAGAGAUGAAACCGAAUUUCAUUCUCUCUGCCCUAACGUAGAGUUAUUGAGAGAAAUUGGAGUGAUCCUAUCUACACCAAACCUCAUUGAGAACAGUUAAACUGAGUAUAAUCCAAGGAUGAAGCCUAAUCUGUAUGGCUGUACAUUGUGUAAAAUCAGAGGAGGGUCAGCAGCUAUCAGAAAACUCAGGUGGAUGUUUAUUUUGUUGCUAUGAAUUGUAAAUUAUAUAGUAAUUGUAUGAAGGAGAAUUUAAAGAAAUACCACUUAUUUAUUUUAUGUCCAGUGAUCACAGUAUGUCGAUAGGUACUAAGGCUUUUAUGGAAUUGUUUAUAUGUAGUACCAAGCAAGCUUGUAAUUACCAAUCAUUUGACUUAACCAUUCUCUGUUCCAAUAAGUUAGUAAUGAGAGAAUUUUUUAAUGACUGCCCCUCCAGACUUCCAUUAGAUUGUUGAAACAGAUGAACACAAGGGAGAACUUUACUUGGUUGACAGCUUUAUUUUCCUUUGAUCAUUUUGUCGGUGGCUUAAUGUUUAUUCACCCAAGAAAAGAGGUGUCAAGUGCAUAAAGUCUCUGCUAUUGAUACUUUAAGUGCUGAUUGAUGAGACACUUAAAAGAUUGUAAGAACAACAAUUUUUCUAAAUGAAGUAGUGAAUAGCUUUUGAGGUCAUAGAGUUCAUUGGUUCUGUACAGAGUGUACCCCCAAGUGUAUACUCGGUGGAUGGACGUGGUUGAGCUACGAAUCAACGUAGAGUGUAUGAAGAACAUGAGUUGGCAAGGAGGGUUUGAGAGGCAUUGGGGGAUAGACGGCAACAUGGAUAGGAAAAUUAUUUUUCAAAAUAUCCUGCAUCCAGACUAUGGUUCCCAAUUCCCUUUGCACAAUGAAAGAUGACUCCUUGGGAAUGUGGCUCAACUCCAAAACAUUGUGAUAGUAAGUGACGCGCAGUUAAAAUAUUGCUUUUGAUAUGAUAUCAGUAGAGUUUUUAAAAAAAUGAAUUGGAAGAGGUAGGUUUUGCUGAGAAUUUGCUGGUUCAAAUCAAGUUAUUUUUUAUAUUAAGAACAGAAAAGUGUAGAAUAUUGCUGUUUUCACCAAAAAUGUGGCACUGCUUUUCUUAAAAUGUGAAAUAGAAAGAAACCUGUGAAAUGAAGGACAAAUUGUGACUUCAAUAAUACACUUUACUCUGAAUCAAUA